AUGGCCCCUCUUUCGCAGAAGAAACGUAAAGUCGAAGAUGGAAUGCGUGGAAAGACCGAGCGACCGAAGAAACGCAUCCGCAAACAACUAGAGUACCACAGCUCAAGCGACGAGGACGAGCAGGAGGAUCAGGGAUUUACACCCGUCAACUUGGAGGAGAGUGACGAAGAGCAGCGCCCUACUAAAACGGCCAAGUCGCAAAGAAAAAAGUCUCCACGGGCUGUAGCCGAGGACACGUCUGAUAUACAAACGGAAGAUGAAGACGAAGACGAAGAUACGCAUUCUGAGGAAGCUGCGACUUCGGCCGAGGACAGUCCGGAAGAGAGCCUCGAUGAGAAAGACAGAAGAAAACAUAUAAGCAAGCGAAACGACCCGGAAGCAUUUUCCACCUCUAUUUCAAAGAUCCUGUCGACCAAGCUAUCACAAUCCGCUCGCAAAGAUCCUGUCCUAUCGAGAAGUAAAGAAGCCGCGGAAACCAGCGUUUCUCUCGCAAAUGACCGUCUGGAGCAAAAAGCAAAGGCUAAAUUGAGGUCAGACCGCAAGGAAGAGUUAGAAAGAGGAAGAGUCAAGGACGUUCUAGGCCUAAGCACGGGACAGGCCGGCGAAGUGGCCGAGGAGGAAAAGAGAUUGCGGAAGAUCGCCCAGCGCGGCGUGGUCAAGCUCUUCAACGCUGUACGAGCGGCUCAGGUCAAAGCUGAACAGGUGGCCAAGGAAGAACGGAAGAAGGGAACCAUAGGAAUGGCCAACCGGGAGGAGAAGGUCAACGAGAUGAGCAAGCAGGGAUUCUUGGACCUGAUCGCGGGGAAAAAGAAUGCUCAGAGCACAACAGCGCAAUAA